AUGAACGGAGUGGAGGAUGAGCAGCUCUUCUUAGAUGAAGGGGACAAAGGUUCAAGGCAGAUCGGUGGCUUCCAAAAGCAAUACCAGGCUCACCAAAAGAUGCGUGAAUUAACAGUACUUCACCAAAUCGAAGACAUUUUCUACACUUUUCUUGCAGUUGUCGGUGUUCCCAUUAAUUUAGUGUCUAUUCUGCUCCUGAUACGAGGAAAAUGUGGACUCUCCAAAUGUAUCACUAUCUACCUGGUGGCCAAUGCAGGGGCAGAUCUGCUGGUUGUUUUCACUGAUGUGAUGCUGUUUACAGUUAUUCCUUUCCACUUCCCAGGUACUUAUCUGGAAACUACUCCUGCUUAUUCUGUCUUGCUCGUCCUACUUUCUACAGCUACAGACAUCUCUGUCUGGUUCACUGUCACUUUCACCAUUGAUCGUUUUGUUACAAUUUGUUACCAAAAGUUGAAAAUAAAAUAUUGCACAGAGGAAACAGCAGUUCUCAUCAUAAUAACAGUGAGCAUCCUGCUCUGUUUGAAAAACAUUCCUUGGUACUUUGCAUAUGAACCUGAAUAUGUAAUUGAUAAUGUGCCCUGGGGGGGUAUUGUAUCAAUGGACUUUUACACCACAGACGCCUGGGUAGCAUUUGAUUUCCUCAGCAUUAUUUUAACUCCUUUCCUCCCAUUCAUUCUGAUUUUAAUGCUCAAUGCUCUGACUGCCAGACACAUUUUAGUGGUCAGCAGAGUCCGCAGGAAGCUACUGGUUCACAGCAAGAGUAAGAAUCACACUGACCCAGAAAUGGAGAGCCGCAGGAAAUCCAUCAUUUUACUCUUCACCAUAUCAGGAAGUUUUAUUCUCUUAUGGAUGACAAAUGUUGUAUAUUUCCUUUAUUGGCGAAUUGCAAAUAUUUAUGAUUACACAGGUCCCCAUGAUCCCGCGUAUAUCACUGAACAAUCUGGAUACAUGCUGCAGCUUUUGAGUACCUGCACCAACACCUGUAUUUAUGCAGUGACCCAGACUAAAUUCAGACAGCAGCUGAAGAAUGCAGUCAAAUAUCCAUUCACUGUAAUUGGUAAAUUACUGAAAUGA